AUGAAAAAAAAAAACAAUCGUGUAUCCGUCGAUACAAGCAAAAUAAAGUUUGUAGAGAACUCCGAAUCGGAAGAUUUGGAAAUUGAGGAUGAAGAUGGAAGUGAUAUUGAAAAUUUUAGCUCCAGCAAUGAUAUAUUAAGUGAUAAUAGUGAUGAACAUAUUGAAAGUGAUAAUAGUGAUGAACGUGAUGAAAGUGAUAACAGUGAUGAACGUGAUGAACGUGAUGAUAAGUCUGAUCUCGGUGUGAGCGCCAAAUCUGCUAGUAAGAAAAAGAGGAAAAAAAAGUUAGGAGUAGAUGAAGAAAAGGAGGAUGAUAGUGAUGAUGAAGUUGGGACUGACAAAGACCAAGGUGUGAAGAAAGCAGAAGACGAAUUUGUUAAAGUUCCAUGGAAAAAAGAAAAAAAAAAUUAUUAUCAAUAUGAAAGUGAAAAUUCAUCAAGUGAUGACGAAGAAGGCAGUAAGGAAAGAAUAAAAGAAGCCAUAUAUCUCAAUAGAAAGGAAAAGGAAAAUUUAAAUGAAAAUGAUUUUGAUUUAUAUAAUAUAUAUAACGAUGGAAAGGAUAAUAUAUCAAAAAAUAUGGAUGACAAAGGAUUACACAAGGCAGAAGAAAAAGAAAAUAUUAUUAAAAAGUUAAUCAGUGAUAUGAGCACAGAUUUAAAGGUAAAAAAAAAAGAAAUAAGUAAUGAAAUUAAGGAUAACAAAGAAAUUGAACAAAUUAUUUUGAGUGAGCAAGAAGAAUAUAAAAUAUUGCAAAAAGAAUUGUCUCUAUGUAUCCAAAAAGUGUAUAACGAAAUUAAUGAAAACAAACGACUAUUUCAGUUUAAAGAAAUUAAUGAAAAUAAUGUCAAUCCAUCAGACAUCAAUAAAAACAUAUUGCUCUAUCUUAAAAAGAAAAAUGAAACAAUGUUAACAUACAUUAUAUAUCUUACGUACUACAUAUUUCUAAAAAUUAUGAACAUUUAUACACACAACCACCCUGUCUUAGAUAAACUAAUAUAUAUGAACACACUUAUUGCCAAAACUAAUGAAUUGGAUAAUAAAAUUAAAUUCAAAAUUCAGCAACUAAAUAAGUCGGCCAGUAAGCAGUUGGGAGACGCAGAUGAACCUGAGGGGUGUGAUGCAUUUACCUCCAAAAAAGUGAAUAGGAGCAAAAUGGAGAAGGAAAAUGUUGAAGAAUUGGAGGAUGACGAAGAAUUGGAGGACGACGAAGAAUUGGAAGACGACGAAGAAUUGGAAGACGACGAAGAAUUGGAAGACGAUGAAAAAUUGGAAGAAGAUGACGAAUUGGAAGAUGACGAAGAAUUGGAAGACGAUGAAAAAUUGGAAGAAGAUGACGAAUUGGAAGAUGACGAAGAAGAUGAAGGGAAAUUCCAAGGGGAUAAAGGCACUGAGAAAAGCAAAAAAUACAAAAUCAGCAAAAGUCUUAUAACAGAAUACACAGAUAGCCACAUCCGGGAAAAGGAAAAGGAGGAGAAGAAAAAGAAAAGAGAAAAAUUGAAAAACGAGAGAAGUAUAUUUUUAAAGGAAAUAAAAGAUAUGGUAUCAAAUAGACCAGAAAAAAUCGAAGAAGAAAAUUACUUUAAAAAAAUGGAAGAAAAGUUUAUGAAUUUUGACGAGAAAAUUUUGAAGAAAAAAAUUAAAUCAUUAAGUAAAAAGAAAAAUAACAUGAGCAAUUUAAAAAACGUAGGAAUGACGUCAAAUGAUUUAUUAAAGUUUGUGGAACUACCUGAAUUAAAUGACGAGGACAAGAAGAACAAGUUUGAUGAAACAAAAAUGUUUAGAAAUAACAUUAAUACAAUGAAACAAAUAAAAAAAAGUAAAAUAAAAAAUGAUGCGAAUGAUGAUUUUGUUUCUUUUAAGAAGUUUGAAAAGGUUAGAAAUAAAGGCAACAUGUAUAAAAAGGAAGAAUACAACAGUAACUCGAAUCACUAUAUUAGUGGAAAAAAUUUACACGACGAAAUUGAUGAUGAAAAUAUUAAAAACAUGUUAAGUAUGAAAAAAAAGAAAAAGGAAGAAAAAAAAACACGUAAAGAUCAAAAAAAUAGAGAAAUAAGAAAAAAACUAGUUGAUGAAGAAAACGAAAUUAACGAUAGAAGAAUGCCAAAUAAAAAUAUUUUACUAAAUAGAGGUCUAGUAAGAAAAAGAAAAUCAACUGAUGGAAAUGCAAGGGUCCAUAACAAACAAAAAUAUCUAAAAAAAAUGAAGAUGUAUAGUGGCCAACAUGCCAAAAUGAAGGUUCAUGAAAACAAUUAUUCAGGAGAGAAAAGAGGAAUAAAUCCAUACCUGAAAAAAUCUAUAGACAUCAAGUGA